UCGUUUCAGCAAGCUAUCCUCACAACUUCAACUAUAUAAGCUCUAAAACGGGUGUGUAUCUUUUGUUCCCAGUAAGUCACUUACAAGAUGAGAGUCCCACUAAUAGAUUUCUUGAGAUUCUUAGUACUCAUUCUUUCUCUUAGUGGCCCUUUAGUUUCUGCAGAUGCAACAGCGAGGCAACACUUUAAUAGGUAUGAAACUGAUAACUACGGUUACACACCUCCUUCACCAAUUUAUGGUGCCCCACCCAGCUACCCAACACCACCAACACCAACUUACAGUCCUCCGAUAUAUCCACCACCAAUACAACAACCUCCGACACCAACUUAUGGUCCGCCUAUUAAACCACCACCGAUACAGAAGCCUCCAACACCAACUUACAGUCCGCCUGUUAACCCCCCACCGGUGCAAAUGCCUCCGACACCAACUUACAGCCCUCCGAUCAAGCCGCCACCGGUACACAAGCCACCGACACCAUCUUACAGUCCUCCAGUCAAACCACCACCGGUGCACAAGCCUCCAACACCAACUUAUAGUCCCCCUGUUAAACCUCCACCUGUGCAAAAGCCUCCAACACCAACUUACAGUCCACCUAUCAAACCACCACCAGUACAGAAGCCUCCAACACCAACCUACAGUCCCCCGAUAAAGCCACCACCGGUGCAUAAGCCUCCAACACCAAUUUAUAGUCCUCCUAUUAAGCCACCACCAAUUCAAAAGCCUCCCACUCCUAUCUAUAGUCCCCCUAUAAAGCCACCGCCAAUACAAAAGCCACCGACGCCAAUAUACAGCCCCCCAAUCAAGCCGCCACCGGUUCAAAAGCCUCCCACGCCAACAUAUAGUCCCCCUGUAAAGCCACCACCAGUACAUAAGCCUCCGACACCAACAUACAGUCCACCAGUCAAGCCACCGCCGAUACAAAAACCUCCAACACCAACUUAUAGCCCACCAGUUAAACCACCACCAGUGCAGAAGCCUCCGACACCUACAUACAGUCCACCAGUCAAGCCGCCGCCGAUACAAAAACCUCCAACACCAACUUAUAGCCCUCCUGUUAAACCACCACCAGUGCAGAAACCUCCGACACCAACAUAUAGUCCACCUGUCAAGCCACCACCAAUACAAAAACCGCCAACACCAACUUAUAGUCCACCAAUCAAGCCACCACCAGUUCAUAAGCCUCCGACUCCAACCUAUAGUCCACCUAUCAAGCCACCACCAGUGCAUCAGCCUCCGCCACCAACAUAUAGUCCUCCAGUAAAGCCACCACCAGUGCAUCAGCCUCCGACACCAACAUAUAGUCCUCCAGUAAAGCCACCACCAGUGCAAGUGCCUCCAACCCCAACUUAUAGUCCUCCUGUAAAACCACCACCAGUACAAGUGCCUCCAACCCCAACUUACAGCCCUCCUGUACAACCACCACCAGUACAAGUGCCUCCAACCCCAACUUACAGCCCUCCUGUACAACCACCACCAGUACAAGUGCCUCCAACACCAACAUACAGCCCUCCCAUAAAACCACCACCAAUACAAUUGCCUCCAACACCUACUACUCCAUCGCCUCCACAAGGUGGAUACGGUACUCCGCCUCCUUAUGCAUAUGUAUUGCGUCCUAUAGAUGUAAGCAAUUAGAGAAACAAGUUACAAUAUAUAGCUAUUUCCUAAAUUAUGGCCAAAAAGUCUUUCUAGCACAGAGGAUGUGUAAGUUAAAGCUACAUAUGGUACUGCUUAUUAUAUGGUAAAAAUAAAUAAAGUUUUAUAGUUGGUUGUUCAUAAAAAUGUUACAAUCGAGCUCGGUCUUGAUAUCUUUAAAUGGUAUGCCAUACUUUGAGUUGAA